GUUCGCUCGUGGUUUUUAAUAUUUAUCUUUCUCUCCGUCUGUCUGUCUGUGUCUUUCCGACCUGCAGGCGUUCUCUCAUUCUCUCUUCAAUUUUUAUACCUUCGUUGAUCGCACAGGAUGCCUUCUCUUCUCCGCGCCGCCCUCGUGGGCAGCACUAUUGCGCCAGCCGCAUAUGCGUACACCCAGGCCAACGUUGCCUCGCCUUUCAUGUACAAGAACGUCGAUCCUAUCGUGUUCCCCGGCGAAUAUGGCAAAUCACACAUGCACUCAUUCUUUGGCUCUGAUGCCGUAACUGCCUCAACCAAGACCAGCGCCGAGCUGCAGAAGGGGUGCACAACCACUGACAACCCCAACGACUUCUCCGUCUACUGGGUCCCUUCCCUAUUGUAUACCAACGACAACGGCAAGACGUACGACUACGUCCCCGUCAUGCGUUUCUCAGCCUACUACAACCUGGGCGAGAGUCCUGCCGAGAUCCCCAUCCCACAGGACCUAAGAAUGGUCGCGGGUUCGGCCUCAGCCACCACCGCCGGCGACUCCCCCGCGGACGCCAAGGUCGAGUGGAUGUGCGAGGGCGACGACGGUAUCUCGGCCGACGAAAACGGGUUCCCCAGCUCCACCUGCAGCACCCACCUGCAGACGCUGCUGUACUUCCCCCAGUGUGUCAACGAGGACACGCUCGAGACGGCCUACAAGAGCCGCGACUACGGCACCGACAACUGGUGCCCCGAGGGCUCCAAGUCCAUGCCCCAGCUGCGUUUCUCCAUCCGCUACGACCUGCGCAAGGUCCUGCCCGACGGGUGGAGCGGCACCGCGCCCAUCAAGCUGGCCAGCGGCAAUGCCUGGUCUAGCCACGGUGACUUCAUCAUGGGCUGGACUGAGGACGCCGCUAAGAACAUGGUCGACGCCACCGCUGCCGACUACAAGUACCACUACUAUGCCGUCGACGGCGCGCUCGGCUCUGCCGGGACCAACCCUACCUGCUCUCCCAGCGAUGCCGACCCCGACAACGGAACUAGCGACUACGCCGAGUCUGUUAGCCAGAUGAGCAAGCGUUCCGUGAUGGGCUGGUCAUCCCGGUCUCGCAUGGCCCGUGCCUGAACCCAGCCAGGCUUAUGAGGCGUCACGG